AUGUCAUCUCAAGAUCUUCGGUGUGCUGACAAUCUGCUCAAGGUAAAGAAAGACAUGGAAUCCCUGGCACCCGGGGAUGAAGAAAUUUGUAACCAAAGCACCCGUUUGACAGGAAAGGUCAUAUGUGGCGUUGACGAACUUCCGUGUCCAUUCCUGUUGCCAUUGUUUGGCAUUCAGAUUCAGGGUAACCUAAUGCUGGCAUCUCUGACACAGAUUGUGUUAGGGGGGACAGGUGUUGUGGGUUUACUGCUGAGAUUCAUAGGGCCGCUCACCAUCGCUCCAACUACUGCACUGGUCGGUCUGUCUCUCGUCCCGCUAGUGGCCACAUUAUGCCAAGGCCAGUGGGGCAUCAGUACUGGCACGAUGCUCCUUGUGGUAGCUUUCGCCUUGUUCCUGGGGAAAUACCAAGUUCCUGUUCCAGUAUAUACACGACAGAAACGCUGCAACAUCAUCCGUUUUCCGCUGUUUCAACUCGCACCAGUUCUGCUCAUCAUUGUCGUCAUGUGGACGCUCUGCUGUGUGCUGACACAAACAGAUGUAUUUUCUAGCAACAACACAGAUCCUGGUUUCCAGGCCAGGACAGAUUCAAGACUCCACGUUGUGAAGGACGCCCCGUGGUUUUACUUCCCAUAUCCAGGGCACUUGGGUCGGCCCACUAUCAGUGCUGCCGGGUAUGUUGGGAUGUUGGCAGCUACCGUCGCCUCCAUCAUAGAGUCUGUCGGGGACUACUUUGCUGCUGCCCGUGCCAGCGCGCACCUCCUCCCCCAUCGCAUGCUGUAA